GCCGCGCCCUGCCUGGCCGAGGAGGCGCUGCGCACCGACGUGCUCUGCAACGUGCCCACCUACAAGGGCAAGGUACGUGCCUUUCAUCAUGCUUUCAGCACCAAUGACUGCUCCAGGAACGUCUACAUCAAGAAGAAUGGGUUUACUUUGCACCGGAACCCCAUUGCUCAGAGCACCGAUGGGGCAAGGACCAAGAUUGGCUUCAGUGAAGGUCGUCACGCAUGGGAGGUCUGGUGGGAAGGCCCUCUUGGAACGGUAGCUGUAAUUGGAAUUGCCACAAAACGGGCUCCCAUGCAAUGUCAGGGUUACGUGGCGCUGCUGGGCAGUGACGACCAGAGCUGGGGUUGGAACCUGGUGGACAAUAACUUGCUACAUAAUGGAGAGGUAAAUGGCAGCUUCCCACAGUGCAAUAAUGCACCAAAGUACCAGAUAGGUGAGAGGAUUCGAGUCAUCUUAGACAUGGAAGACAAGACAUUAGCCUUUGAGCGCGGCUAUGAGUUCCUGGGAGUUGCAUUCAGAGGAUUGCCAAAGGUUUGCCUGUAUCCAGCAGUGUCAGCUGUGUAUGGCAAUACAGAGGUGACUUUGGUCUACUUAGGAAAGCCUCUAGAUGGAUGACAUUGAUUGGCUCUUUGGGACAUCUGGAUGUGGAUGAUUUGGAGGAGGAAUCUGCAUGUUGGUUAGAGGGAAACUCAAAUUUGAAUUAACGCAUGGAUGCAUAUCCAAGAAACAUCUAGGAAAAUAGUGGAUUGCUGCGGAGGACCAGCCAUACUGCAGGGAUUGUUACAUUUCCUCUUUCUACCAGGCCAGAAAAAUCCUCAGGGUUACAGUUGGUUGAGUGGGCAGUUGACACAUUCAUGUUGCAACAGGUUUCAUUGCUGAGAUGGUAGUGUGUGAUCUCAAAUACUUAAGGAAGAAUUUGAUAGAAGUGGUUGAGGAAAUUAACCUGAGAUUUGUAAGUAGCGUGUUUUGUGAAAGACUCCCAUUUUUAAAACUGCUCGUUUGUUCCUUCCUUCCCUCCUUUGGGCCAGUGUGGGUACCAGAGGAGAAUUAAACUGGUUGGGUUUUAGUUAAAAUUUUUAACGUGCUGAGAAGCAUCGUCUGUCUGGACUACUUCUUUAGUAUAUAAUGAGAUAUAAAAUGUGUGCAGCUAUUUUUAAGUGUAUUUUAAAGGUUGUAUAUACAGAACAUGUAAAAAAAAAAACAACAAAAAAACAAAAAAAAAACCCUGCUAAAAACAAAAAAAUGGGUUUGCUUUGUUCUAACUGGGAUAUCAUUAAAGGAAAAACCACUACAUGACAUCAGAAGAAUCUCUGACGGGUGGAAGACCUACACGCAAAAGUGUGUGUGUGUGUGUGUGUGUAUGUAUGUGUAUGUAUAUAUAUAUAGAUAUAUCUAUAGAUAUAUCUAUAUAAUUUUUUUUUAUUUAUUUUUUUUUUUUGUGUGUUGUAAAGCAUCUAGGAAUGCUCUUGUGGAGUAAGGUGCUACGUUAGUUCAUUUGUAUGUGGCUAAAAGUUUACAUGGCUUCAGCAGUCUUUAUUCUAUCUAUAAAAACAAAAAAAAACUCCCCAUGAAUUUUGUUUUGCCACAAAUACUGAUUCCUUUGAAAAAGGGACGGCAAACCUGUUUGUUGUACUAUUUCUCUUGACAUAUAAAAAAUUAUCUUUAAGAGGUCUUACAUUUCCUACUGGACAUAAAAUGAGGCUUUCAGAGUAGUCUGAAAAAUAAUGUUGAACUUCUUGGGGCUAGAUUUUUAUUUUCUAUUUAAGGUGGUUAUUUAAGAGUUUAAUUCUUUAUUUUACUUUAUUUAAUUUGGUUUGAAAAGAAAACAACUCUAAAUAUUGAAGUCUGGGUUCUCCUUAUCUGCAGUCAAGACUAAAGUCUCACCUUUCUCUGGCAGUGAAACUAACUUGUCAGCAUUACAGUAUCCUUUGUGGAAGCUGAGAAGGCUGUGAAGCCAAUCAAUUGUGUGCUAAAGAAGUACUUGCAGGUGAUAUAGCAACUGCUUUCCCAAGAGGCUGAAAGCUCUGCAGAGAUCUAGGAAUCAGAACUCGUGGUAGAGGUGAUACCUUUCAUUAGACCAACUAGAUUUUUGCCAAAGAAGUCUUUACUUGCAACUAGAGAAAAUCCUUUAAUCGCAAUUAAAUAAUUUUUUUUUUUUUUUUUUUUUUUUUGAAAAAUCUAGUUGGUAUAAUAAAAGAUAUCGCCUCUACUACAAGUUCUGAUUCCUUUUGCCUCUAGACUGAUAUGGCUACAGCCUGGAUAUCUGCAGAGAUCUAAAAACUUUCCAACCUUAGAGUAGAAGAAGGCAGGAUUAGCCCCAAACCUUGGUUUCCCCUGUGGUCAUCUAUAUAUCUUGACCUCAAAGUCCUGAGGCUUGCCCUUGGUACUUAUCUCUUGUUUCCCUAGACCUAUUUGAACUUGCUCAGGAUUAUUGACAGAAUGCUUUGUAGUGAGGAAGAAGGAAACAUUUAUACAGCCUCUUUGUUUAUCUCUGCUAGAAAAUUUAAAUCAUGAUCAUCUUAGAGACACCUUUGUAUGGGCAAGAGAAACAUUUUUCUGAAGUUAUUGCUAAGAUUUUUUUUGUUUGUUUUUAACCUCAGAGGAAGCCAGGGAAGAUGGUACCUGUGGCUGACUAGGAUGUUUGGCGUGCUACUGAAGAAAUGUUUGGAAUGCUUUUUACAUAAUAAGUAACAGGGCUCUGCCUUGGAUCCAAGUAUGUACAUUGUUGCCACUUGAAGGAUUUUAAAGUAUUUAUUUGUUUUGAGUGUUGUUUGUUACUUAAAGGGAAUAUCUGUUGCAGUCAGUUUUUCUUGUCUGUUUGUUAGAAAACAAAAUCCACAUUAAGAAAAGUUUGAAACGUGGUACUGAAAACAACUGAAUUAAGUAAGGGUAGUAACUUGCAGAGAAAUCUGUUACAUUGACUGUCUAUACAGGCCUGUAAAGUAUCUCUCUAUAUCGUAGAAGCUUAUGAUGUAAAAUUAAACAAAAAAAUAAGGCUGUCCCAAAAUAAAAGAACAGUUUGUUAGAUGAA